GUAGGAUCUUAAUUAUCGGUGCACACCAAGACAUCGCCAAGCCAAAGAGCAAGAAGUCGCCUUCACGAGUUGCUGUUGUAACUCUCAGAAGACGCUAUUGUACUCCUCUCUAGUGCACGUGGCCAAUGAGACAGACGACCAUGAAGACAAACCACCUGAGUCCUCACAGCUUCAUCAUAGUCCAACAGAGGAGGAUGAUAGAGGUGGAGCCACAGCUCCCCUAUGUGAAGGAGGAAGACGAGGAACCCCAACCCCCGUACGUUAAAGAGAAAGAGGAGGAGCCACACACCCUCUAUGUUAAAAAGGAAGAGGCAGAGCCACAGCAGACCUACGUUAAAGAGGAAGAGGAAGAACUCUGGAUCACUCAGGAGGGAGAGCAUCUUCUAGGGCCAGAGGAGGCUGAUCUCACCAGGUUGCCACUGACUGGUGUCUCUGUGAAGACAGACGACCAUGAAGACAAACCACCUGAGUCCUCACAGCUUCAUCAUAGUCCAAGUGAGGAGAUGAGAGAGGCGGAGCCUUCAUGCAGCAGCUCACUGCAACACAUGACAACAGAAGCUGAUGGAGACCACUGUGGAGGAUCACAAGCAGACAACCUCUUAGCUCCACUGUCAGAUAGUGACGACACGACGUCACACUCUCCUGAAGAUGAAGACAGCGACUACAACCAAGAAUCUCUGAGCAGCGAUACAGACUGGGAAGGUGAUAUGACGACUCACACUGGCAACAAACACUCUGAAAGCUCUAAAAAGAAGACAGCUAAACCUUUUAACUGCUCAUUUUGUCAGAAAGGAUUUUCUCUGAAGGGUUGUUUGGCUCAACACAUGAAAACGCACACUGGAGAAAAACCCUUUAGUUGCUCAGACUGUGGUAAAAGCUUCACUCAAAAGACUCACAUGCAAUUACACAUGAGAACACACACAGGAGAAAAACUUUUUAGUUGCUCAGACUGUGGUAAAGGCUUCACCCAGAAGACAAACUUGCAAUCACACAUGAGAACGCACUUAGGAGAAAAACCUUUUAGUUGCUCAGAAUGUGGAAAACGUUUCACUCAAAAGACACACAUGCAAUUACACAUGAGAACUCACUCAGAAGAAAAACCUUUUAGUUGCUCAGUCUGUGAUAAAGGCUUCACUUUAAAGACAAACAUGCAAAGACACAUGAGAAUACACAAAGAAGAAAAAACAUUUAGUUGCCCCGACUGCGGUAAAGGCUUUACUCUAAAGACAAGCAUGCAAUCACACAUGAGAAUACACACAGGAGAAAAACCUUUUAGUUGCUCAGAGUGUGGUAAACUGUUUACUGAAAAGAAAAAUAUGCAAAGACACAUGAGAACGCACAGAGGAGAAAAACCUUUUAGUUGCCCAGACUGCGGUAAAGUCUUUUCUCUAAAGUCAAACAUGCAAUCACACAUGAGAACACAUAUAGGAGUGAAACCUUAUAGUUGCUCAGAGUGUGGUAAACUGUUUACUGAAAAGAAAAAUAUGCAAAGACACAUGAGAACACACACAGGAGAAAAACCUUUUACUUGCUCAAAUUGUGGCGACACAUUUUCUCUGAGGUGUUCUUUGAAAAGACACAUGCAGAGUCACUGAUGGUCGACUGUUUGACUUGCCUGACUUUCAUGCAAUCACCGUUGGAACAUUCUUUACAGGUGUCUUUGUUCAAUAAAUAUCUAUAUAAAUCUUGUUAUCGUUAUUGUAAAUACAUAUUGUUAUUGUUAUUGGUAAAUGCAAAAGAAAGACAUGGUGACUGCAGUGGUUCCAUUUGUAGUUAAAGGUGUUUUAUUUACUGUAUGCUGUCACCACUAAAUGCUGGAAGUGGUGAAGUCAUUUCCUGUUCCAUGACUUCCAGAUUGGGUCUGGAAAGUAGUGAUUGGAUUCCUUUUACUGACCUGAGUUCUUCUGAUUUACUCAUUGGGGUACGGACCUCUUUCAGUGGGUGUUUGAAGGAUUUGAGCGAGAGUCAUUUUCGUUGGUUUUCUUAUUUUGCAGUAUUGAGCUCAUUUUGUUUAAAAAAAUGUAUGCAGUAAAGCGGAAUCAUAUUUUUUUUGUAUUGCUGUUGUCAAGUUCUUUAGGACUUACACCAGGCGGAGAAGAUCGCAGAGGACACUUUAUCAAUUCCUCUCCAGUAGACUUUCUUGAGUUUUAUUCCACACCUCAACGAUUUACAGGAGUACAGAUUAGGUGAACCUUUGUCUCUGUUUGUUUAUUUACAUACCAGUGGUCUCUCCGGUCUUCUUUUAAUACAAUCAAUUAAAUGGUCUUGAUGAUAACAGUUUUCAACUGUUUAUUUUGUACAAUGCAACUUGAGAUCUCAAUAUCCCAAUGCCGUACCUUUGACAAGACAUUAUUCCUGCCACUGUGUCCAAGUUCUUCAUGAACAUGCUUGAGGAUAAGGGGAGUGACAUGCAGAUCCUUGGCCAAAAUGACUGGAUGCUUUGAUUCCUCUUGCAUUCCUGCUCUGUUCAACCUGCCACCCACUUUUAGAACCCCAUCUUGACAGCUGAUAGAGAGGGUUAUGUCUUUCCUUACUUCAGUGUGGCAAUUUUCUUUGGGAUUUUGAUGAACGAUUCAACAACUGAACGGCUGUGUGGGCUGCAAAAGCUACACUGCCAAGAGACUUCAUUUAAAAAAGACAAGUUUAUUUUGCUAAAUAUCUAAUAGAUAACAAUUAUUGUUCACUAUUGAGGAUGAUGCCCCCUACAGUCAACAAGACCACAGGUCAUCUGUGACAGGAAGUGUCAUAAAUAAUCUCAAAGGAAACUACUUGGUAUAAACUUUUAAUAUUACGUGUUGGUAAGUGGCAGAGUCAAUCACAGACCUCCAGAGUAUACUUGAGUUCAAUCACCUUUAUUGACAAGGCAUUCAAAUCUCAUUCUAAUUCCAGAGCUCAAACACAUCCAGCCAGACUGUUGCUUCCUUCCGGUAACGCCCCCAAACAAUAAAGCAGGGAACACAAAUCCGGGCGGCGGAGCUGUGUGGAAAAUAGCACUGAGUUGGCCUGCCUCACAGACCUUAUCAAACAAAGUGCUUUGGUCAAUCUGAGUAAGCAAUAUAUACAUAUUGUAUAUAGCACAAAAUUCACAACCAUUAUAUAUUUUAUCUACUACAGCCUGUCUGUACAAAAUCAUGGGAUCAUGUCCAAUUUGGCCCACAAACUAAAGUAAGCUUUGAGUUUUGGCCCCCUGUGAGUUUGACACCCCUGAUGUAGCAGAUUCUUUGGAAAUCAAUACUCUGAUAUUGACAGACACAUCAGAAACUAUUGGUGUUGCAUUCAAUGUCCCCAAUUAAAUACAGCGUCACGCAAUCGAAGUCAUUACGGCACCGGUGAAAUGAAAUGAAAGUGAAUGAUAAGUAGGUCAAGUCAG